UCGCGGUGUUUUGACGACGACGACGACGAGGGUGUCCGGACCCUCCCCCAGGCUCUUAGAUUUGUUGCCUAGGACCCUUCUGUGUGCGUGUGUGUGCGUGUGUGUGUGCGUCAGUGUUCGGACCUUCCGCAAUCAAACUCUCUUGCAAUCAAACUACUGGAGGUUUCGGGAGAAAAAGACACGAAGAGAGAAUGAAGCACGCCAAGCGAUACCUGGUCGGUAUAUCGGCCCUGCUCGUCCUCGUGGUCGGUGGAGGUGUCGCCCUUGGCAGGGCUCUGAACAAGGAUGACGAGUUGAUGGAGGACAUGACACCAAAGUCGCUGGAGGCGAUACUGGGCGAGAUACGCAGCCUGAUGCAGGACUACUCGAUCGAGGCGUACAUCGUGCCGUCGGUUGACGCGCACAACAGCGAGUACAUCUCGGAGCACGAUCGGCGGCUACAGUACGUGACCAACUUUACCGGUUCGGCCGGUACCGCCAUCAUCACGCUGCGGGCAGCCGUCCUGUGGACCGAUUCCCGGUACCACCUGCAGGCGGAAGCCGAACUGGACGAUGCCCACUGGCAGCUGAUGCGGGAAGGGUUGGCCGGUGUGCCGAGCCGGGAUGAGUGGCUACUGUCGACGCUGUCAGCCGGUGCCCAGGUCGGUACCGAUCCGUUCCUGAUCGCCUCGACCGAGUACGAGCGGUUGGGCGGGGUGCUGGCCGGUGCCGGCCACCGUCUCAUCACGCUCGAGCGCAACCUGGUGGACAGCGUGUGGAACAAUCGGCCACCACAGACGGCCGAACCGCUGCUCCCGCUAGCCCUGCAGUACUCGGGUCAGCGGGCGGCCGACAAGGUGGCGGCUGUUCGCGAUGCGCUCCACACGGCCGGUGCUAACGGUAUCGUCAUCAGUGCGCUGGACGAGAUCGCCUGGUUACUGAAUCUGCGGGGUUCCGACAUCAGCUACAAUCCGGUUUUCUUCGCCUACGCGCUCGUCACUCACGAGCGCAUCCACCUGUUCACGAGCCCAGACCGCAUUAAUGAGACGAUCCGGGAGCACCUGCGAACCGAGGGUCUGACGGCGUUGGAUGUGCGCGAUUACCGCGACAUCCUGGCCGGUAUCGACGAGUAUGUUCGGGCAGGGCACCGGUUGCUCGUGUCGACGGCCUGCAGUCAGGCACUGUACGCGGCAAUACCGGCUACCCAGCGCCUACAGGAGUACAGUGUGGUAGCCAAGCUGAAGGCGGUAAAGAACGCGAUCGAGGCGGAGGGGAUGCGAAGGGCGCACGUACGGGACGGGGCCGCCGUCGUACGGUAUCUGCACUGGCUGGAGGUGACGGUCGGCCGGUCGGACUCGUCGAACGUGACCGAACUGUCGGGGGCAGCGCAGCUGCACGAGUUCCGGCGGCAGCAGGACAUGUUCGUUGAUCUCAGCUUCACCGCCAUCAGCGCGUUCGGGGCGAACGGGGCAAUCGUGCACUACAGCCCGACCCCGGACACGGACGUGCCGAUCACGCGCGAUGGCAUCUACCUGAUCGAUUCGGGUGGCCAGUACCUGGACGGUACGACGGACGUUACGCGCUCGAUCGCGCUCGGCGAACCGACCGCGUUCCAGCGCGAAUGUUUCACGCGCGUCCUCAAGGGCUUCCUCUCGCUCGCCUCGGCCGUCUUCCCGACCCGCACCUCCGGUACCGUGUUCGACGUGCUCGCCCGGAAGGCACUGUGGGAUGCUGGCCUCGACUAUGGUCACGGUACCGGCCACGGUAUCGGUUCCUUUCUCGGUGUGCACGAGUAUCCGCCCUCGUUCGUGUCGAACACGGCCUCGCCCAGCAAUCAGGGGGUGGUAGAGAACAUGUUCUCCUCCAACGAGCCCGGCUACUACGAGCCGGGUCAGUUCGGCAUCCGUAUCGAGGACAUUGUGCAGGUGGUGCGCGCCAACGUGACGCACGAUUUCAAUGGGCGCGGUGCCCUCACCUUCUACACCAACACGGUCGUGCCGAUCCAGCGCAAGAUGCUCGACCUAGCGCUGCUCUCUGGGGCUGAGCUGGCGCAGCUCAACGCUUACCAUCGGCGCGUCCGGGAGCAGGUCGGUCCGCUACUGAUCGCGCAGAACGAUCCCGGUGCGUACAGCUGGUUGAUGGAUGCGACCGAGGAAAUCACCGUUCCGGCAUCGGGCAGUGGUCAGGCAGCGGGCGACAAAGUAUGA